AUGGAAUUCUGGGAUAAGAAGAAAUGUAGAUCACGAGCUCGCUUUGAAGAGGAAUGUCUUCCUGACUUUUAUGAGAGCUGUCAGUACAAACCCCAUCUGAAAUGUAUCGUGUCAGAUAAUGCUGAGAGGUACACUUGUCAGUGCGGGGAAGAUGACAGUGUCUAUUGGGAUUCUGUUGUCAAAGAAUGUAAACCCAGACCUGACCAUUCUGAACAAUGUCAACCGGAUAUAGUAAAUAGUUGCAGACAUCAUCAUCAGCUCAAGUGUUUACCUUCAAUGUCGUCAGCUUUCCACACAUGUCAAUGUGAAAACACAAAUGAAACGUACUGGGAUUCUAAAGCCAAACUCUGCCUCAGACGGUUCGAAUAUGGAAAUGAAUGUAACAACAACGUUACAAACAGCUGUUUACACAGUGGUCAUCUGCAAUGCUUAGAAUCUGAGUUUCCCGGUAAACAUAUUUGUAGAUGUGUAAAUGAGACUACCCAUUUUUGGAACCCAAACACUAAUUCAUGCCUAGCACGGCCAGAGCAUGGCGAUCACUGCUCAAAGGAUUUCAUAAAUAGUUGCAAACAUAAUGAUGAACUGGUGUGUCUGAUAUCGUCAAUAAGUGGUGACUUCACCUGUCAAUGUGACGACGAAGAAAAGAAAUUUUGGAAUACAUUGAAAAAACGAUGUAUAACCAGACCGUCAUUCGGCGAUCCAUGCAAACCGAGUUUUGUGGAAAGCUGCAUGUUUCCAUCCGAGUUAAAGUGUAUGAAGGUGGAAGGUUCCGACAACUUUACAUGCCGAUGUUCAAACGAGAAGGAAACGUUCUGGAAUAGCUUAUAUGAAGUGUGUUCGGACAGACAAGGAUAUGGAGAAACGUGUGACGAAGAGUUUCCCGAGAGUUGUCUGUAUUCACCUGAGUUGGUCUGUCAGCCACAGGCUGGCUUUGGAGAGAGUAUCUGUCAGUGUGUUGAUGAGUAUUUAACUUACUGGGACCCGAUAACGAGAGUAUGUAAAUCACGUCCAGAUUUUGGAAAUACAUGUGAAGAACAAGAGAGUUGUAAAUUCAACUCGCAGUUAAAAUGUAUUCAGUCGCCAAACAAGGACGUAAAGACAUGCCAAUGCGACAAUUCGGAUAUAUACUUCUGGAAUCAAAAUAGCUCUGUAUGUUCUAAACGGUCAAGCUAUGGAGGAAGUUGUUUACCUAGUACAUCUCGCAGUUGUCUCCACGAUAGUGAACUGAUGUGUUUGUCAACUGAUACCGACGGUUCUCAUUCAUGCCAAUGUCCUCAUGAUGACGCAAUGUAUUGGGACUCCAUUGUUUUCAAGUGCAAAGAAAAAGCAAUAUUCGGUGCUCCCUGCGAUGAUAACUUCACUGAGAGUUGUAGUCAUAGUGACCAUCUGAAAUGUUUACCUUCCCUUUCUGGUAAUACAACAUGUCAAUGCGAAAACGGAACACAACUAUUCUGGAACCCCGAGACAAACAAAUGCCUUACAAGACCGGGAUUCGGAGAGAGUUGCGAUUCAGAUUACAAAGACAGUUGUCAGUACAACGAGUAUCUACAGUGCAUUAUGUCCAACACCUCUGGCACGUAUGAGUGUCAAUGCCCAGAUGUGGAAAAUAAAUAUUGGGACAAUUCCGUACAUACGUGCAAGACAAGAAAAGAGUAUGGCGACAAAUGUGAUGCAGAACUUCAUGACAGCUGUAAACAUUCUUCAGAGUUACAAUGUUUGUUAGAUAUAAGCAAUGGCUCGUUUUCGUGUCAGUGUAUGGAUGAGUCAGCUUUAUACUGGGACAUUGAUACUGCUAGCUGUCGUGAGCGACCCGGAUACGGUACCUCAUGUGAUGUCAGAUAUAUUGAGAGCUGUCAAUUCCAACCUCAACUAAAAUGUGUUUGGGAUGAAGGCCAAAAUGUGUCUACCUGUCAGUGCAAUGAUGAGUCAACGACUUUCUGGAGUCAGGAAAAUUCGACUUGUUUUCAAAGACCUGUGUAUGGCGGAAAAUGCAGGCCUAAUUUCAGAGAAAGCUGUAUUCACAAAGAAUAUCUUGCCUGUAUAUUCGAUGAAUCAGGACAAAGCACUUGUUUGUGUAAAGAUGAGAAUUCCACGUAUUGGGAUACUGUUGAAUCAAUUUGUAAACUCCGACCUGAAUAUGGGGACUCUUGUGACGCCGAUUUCAUCGAUAGUUGCAAAUACCAAGACGAGCUUCAGUGUCUGCCUUCCGGUGUAGCUGGUAACAACUUCACAUGCCGUUGUCCAGACGAAGAAAACAUGUUUUGGGAUUUCAAUUCAAACUCUUGUGAAUCAAGACAAGACUAUGGCUCGACCUGUCUUCCUGGCGUUCAAGGUAGUUGUCACUAUGAAGAUCACCUCAAGUGUUUAGAAAAAGAUGGGAAGUAUACGUGUCGUUGUGAACGCGAGGACGAAAUAUUCUGGGACCCCUAUAUGAAGUCUUGUGAAUCAAGACCAGAGUAUGGACAACCAUGUCAGUCAGAAUUUCCGUCUAGUUGCAAGCAUAAUACAGAUAUCCGAUGCUUGAAACUCGGUGGAAGAGGCAACUCCACAUGCCAAUGUAUAAACGAGGAUAAGACCUUCUGGAAACCUGAUGAACAUAAAUGUUUUUCGAGGCCAGAGUAUGGGGGACUAUGCUAUCACAAUGGAAGUUGUAUGUAUAACACAUAUCUGGAAUGUGUUCGAUCUGACGUAUCGGGGGAACACACAUGUCUAUGUAUGGACGAAUCGGUACAGUACUGGGAUCAGACGGUAUCUACAUGCAAGUCAAGACCUGAAUACGGAAAUGAAUGUGACGCUGAGAAACGAAACAGCUGUAAAUACGAAGCAGAAUUACAGUGUAUAACGACACGCAAUGAUACAACACGUUCUGUUUGUCAGUGUCCAGAUGAACUAGCGACAUACUGGGAUUCAAUAGUCAAGAAAUGCACUGCACGUCUCACAUAUGGUGGUUUGUGUGACCCAAACUUCCCAGAAAGCUGUAAAUAUGACAAGGAACUUUUGUGCCUGCAAUCUGAUACGGGAAACUACACGUGCCGAUGUGAACAUGAGAACGCAACAUACUGGGACCCGGAUGAAAAAACGUGUAGUGCAAGGCCAUUAUACGGGGACCCAUGUGACGUUAGGUUGGCAGAUAGCUGUAUACACAAUACAAAUUUAAUAUGCCUAUUUUCCAAUUCCACUGAAAACAGUACUUGUCAAUGUGAAAAUGAAAGUUCCACUUUCUGGCAUCCGGUGGAUACCGUGUGUAAACCACGACCGGAAUAUGGAGAAGACUGUGACUCAACAUACCCAGGUAGCUGUAGCCACAAGUCACAAUUACUGUGCUUGCCAACUGGAGGAAAUGGGUCUUAUACCUGUCAGUGUAAUGAUGAAAAGGAGUUAUAUUGGGAUGUGUCAACCUCAACAUGUAAACAAAGACCACAAUAUGGAGAUGCAUGUGACGUCAGAUUUAAGGAUAGCUGCAUGUUUAAUGAAGAGUUAUUGUGCCGUACUGGAGCGAAUAAUACGUCUACCUGCGUGUGCCCAAAUGAGACACAGUCGUUCUGGAACAAUGAAGAAUCAAAGUGUAAAAACAGACCAACUUAUGGAGGGGAAUGUGACGCUAACUUUCCUGAUAGUUGUUCCUAUAACGAGCAACUCACGUGUCUUCAGUCAGAGAAUUCUAGCUUAACAUUAUGUCAGUGUAGGGAUGAAAACUCUACUUACUGGGAUGAAUCAGUCAGCGAAUGUAUACAAAGGCCGGAAUAUGGCGGCGUCUGUAAUCCGCAACUUCCAGAAAGUUGUAUCUACAAAUCACAGCUUAAGUGUAUGACAACCAACACAACAAACACGUCAAUUUGUCAGUGUGCAGACGAAUUUAUAACCUAUUGGGACCCAAUUGCUGUUGAAUGUAUCAAAAGACCAGAAUAUGGUGAGCCUUGUGUCGGAAAAUACCCUGACAGCUGUCAGUUUAAUUCACAACAGCAAUGUUUACCGUCUGGUCCGCAUGGCAACCACACGUGCAAAUGCGCGGACGAAAUAGCAACUUAUUGGGAUAAUACAAGUUCGUUUUGCAAGAAACGUCCUUCCUAUGGAGCGAACUGUGACCCCCUUUUCGCUGGAAGUUGUGCACAUAACUCAGACCUGUCCUGUGUAACAUCAUUAGAAAAGGGAAAUAAUUCAGUAUGUCAGUGUUUUAAUGAGACAGCAACAUAUUGGGAUUCCAAACAAACCAAAUGUAUAGAACGGCCGAAGUAUGGAUCCAAGUGUGAUACUGAAUUUCCGGGAAGCUGCAUAUAUAAGACUGUCCUCACAUGUGUAUUGAACGAUUCUGGGAACUCAACAUGCCAGUGUGAAAAUGAGGAAGCUACAUACUGGGACUUUAUCGACUUUGACUGUAUACCAAGACCCAAAUAUGGUGAAACCUGUGACAAAGAACACGUCGAUAGCUGUCAAUUCAACUAUGACUUAAAGUGUUUACCAACAGAAUCACUAGGAAACUUUACUUGUAGAUGUCCAGACACAGAUCUCAUGUACUGGGAUAAUGAAAAUCAACAAUGUAAACCACGACCUUCUUACGGAGCUGAAUGCAACUUGGAUUUCCCAGAUAGCUGCAGACAUGGAAACCAGUUAAGAUGUGUCCUAUUUCAAAACAAAUCAAUUUGCCAAUGUCAGAAUGAAAUCGAGACAUUUUGGAAUCCCGUUACAACAACGUGUGAUCAAAGGCCUGGUUAUGGACAAAACUGUCUGUCAGAUUACCAUGAGAGCUGUCAUUAUCAGGAACAGCUCAAAUGUUUGCCAACCGGGCCUUUAGGAAAUCAUACUUGCCAAUGUGGGAAUGAAAAUUCUACUUAUUGGGAUAGUGUGAUCACGGAAUGCAAAGACAGACCGGAAUACGGUGAGACCUGUGAUAGAAACAUUCCGGAUAGUUGUAACCAUAAUUCUUAUUUAAAGUGCAUAUUGUCGGUUGAAACAAAUACAUCAACAUGCCAAUGUGCGGACGAAAGCGAAUCCUUCUGGCAUGGCACCACAAAAGAAUGUAAACAAAGACCUAUAUACGGUGGAGCUUGUGAGAUCAAUUUUCCAAACAGUUGUGAACAUAAAGACGAGCUGGAGUGUAUAUUUUCGACAAUUACUAAUAAAUCUGUCUGCCAGUGUUCCAACGAAAGCCGAUCUUUUUGGAACGCAGAAUUUUCCAAAUGUUUGAAACGACCAGAGUAUGGUGACGCUUGUGACAGUACACACGUCAGUAGUUGUGCAUACAACAAUGAACUGGCCUGUCUUUAUGACAGUGUCACCGAUACGCAUGUCUGUCAAUGUCGGAGUGAAAACAUGACCUACUGGGAUCCGACAAGCGCCGACUGUAAAACAAGACCAGAAUUUGAAGGGCAGUGUGACCUUGGUUUUCCAAAAAGCUGUAAGCACAAUGACCACUUAAAAUGUUUACUGUCGGAAGUAACAGGCAAACCCACUUGCCGUUGUGAAGAUGUCGACCUUUUAUACUGGGAUCCAAAAUUGCACAUAUGUGAAACAAGACCUGAAUAUGGUGAAAACUGUUCAAAAGAACUUGAAUCAAGUUGUAUGUACAAUGACCAACUUCGGUGUGUGCUUAACGGAAUAUCAUCAGACUACGUUUGUCAGUGUGAUGACGAAAGCAACAAGUAUUGGGACAAAGUCGAUCUAAACUGCAACAAGAGACCAGGCAACGACGAUAUCUGUGAUGCUAAUUUUCCGUUGAGUUGUUUACAUAAUGAUCAUCUGAAGUGUUUAUUGGAUGUCGCUACGAACACUUCUUUCUGUCGCUGUAAAAAUGGAGAAGAUUUUUAUUGGGACAGCAACACAAACACGUGUAAACUCAGGUCGGGAUACAACGAAAUCUGCGAUCCAAAUAUGCAAAACAACUGCAAAGGAUACACGGGUAUGGAGUGUCUUCCUUCGACGAUGCCAGGCAAUUUCUCCUGCAUUUGUAAACAUGAAUCAACAAUGUUCUGGGACUCAGCUAACUUAGAAUGCAAAAAAAGGCCUGGCUUCGAAUCUGAAUGCCUGUUAGAAUUUCCUGACAGUUGUUUGAGUAGUGAACAUCUGAAGUGUCUAAAGGAUAGUGUCACUGGAGAACCUGUAUGUAGAUGUACAGAUCAGCAGUCCCUAUUCUGGGACGGAGCUGUGAAUCAAUGUAAAACAAGGCCAGAUCAUGACGGUGUCUGCCAGGCCGAGUUGCCAGACAGUUGUAAACACAAUGAACACCUAAAAUGUAUAGACGAUGGUGAUGGCAAAAAUGGCACAUGCCGCUGUCAGAACGAGAGUCAGCUUUACUGGGAUUCAUCCACCUUCCAAUGCAGACCAAGGUCUGGAUACGAACAAACAUGCAAUCCAGAUUUACCAAACAGCUGUAAGAGACAGGCGUUGCUGAAAUGUCUUCAAGUAGGAACAUCAGACGAAUUCUCAUGUCGAUGUGAAGAUGAAAAUAAACUGUUUUGGGAUUCUUACGACGCAAUAUGCAAAAAACGACCUAAGUACGGAGCCAGCUGUGAUUCUGGUUUCCCUGGAAGUUGUCAGCCAAAGUCAGAACUCUUGUGUGUUCUCGGGACUACUGGUGGUGGACAUAAAUGUGAAUGUGCUGAUGAAAGAAACACGUUUUGGGAUCCGAAUUUGAUGCAGUGUAAACAAAGACCAGAGUAUGGACAGACCUGUGAAGCCAGUCAUGCGGAAAGCUGCAAACAUAACUCACAUUUAAUUUGCAUAAAGUCUGGGAAAACUGGAAAUUACUCCUGUUUAUGUAAUGAUGAAAAAAACCUAUUCUGGAAUGCAGCAGAAUCCGUAUGCAAAUUACGACCACUAUAUGGCUCACAAUGUCAAGCUGGAAUGGUUGAAAGCUGUGUUCAUAAUGACCAAUUAGCGUGUAUAAAAACACAAACGGGAAACCACGAGUGUUUAUGUAAAGACGAAGGCGCAACCUACUGGGACAAUACCAUCCGUACAUGUCGCCCAAGACCUCAUUAUGGAGAAGCAUGCAAUUCCAAUUUACCCGCGAGUUGCGCAUUUAAUUCGGAUCUCGAGUGUAUUUUAUCUGACACGGGGGAUCACAUAUGCAUGUGUGCAGAUGAAAAUGUCACCUUUUGGGAUCCAUCCACAUCAAAAUGCAAACAAAGGCCGUACUAUGGAUCAGUGUGUCAGCCAGAUCAUCCGGAAAGCUGCCUAUUCAAUGAUCAGCUGCAAUGUUUGGCUCUUGAUAAUGAAAACAAGUCGACAUGUCGGUGCGAAAAUGAGACCGCAUCUUACUGGGACCACACUUCAACAGAAUGUAAACCACGUCUACAGUAUGGCUCUGACUGCAAUCCGGAUUUAUUGAACAGCUGUGAACACAAGACAGAUCUAAAGUGUUUGCCCUUUGGUAAUACUAGUCAAUACACGUGUCAAUGCGCAGACGAAACUCAGACUUUCUGGGACGGGGAUGAGCUAAGUUGUUCGAAUCGAACACAGUACGGGGAUACAUGCAAUUCCGAUUAUGUAGAUAGCUGCAGGCAUAACAAGGAGCUGAGCUGUCUACCAACCGCCAAUUCUGAAAAUUUCACGUGCCAGUGUAAAAAUGAAAACGAUACUUUUUGGGAUAGAAAGAUGACAUCAUGUAACCAAAGACCUGAAUAUGGGGAUGUUUGUAAACCGGAACUACCAAACAGUUGUGUUCAUAAUGCCCAUCUGCAAUGUAAACCAGGUCCAACGUCAGGAAAUUAUACUUGUCAAUGUAUCAACGAGACAUCUACCUUCUGGGAAUCAACUGUUUCAGAAUGUUCUCCGAGACCAAGGAACAGACAAAGUUGUGAUUCUAGCUUCCCAGACAGUUGUCAGUUUAAUUCAGAGCAGAAAUGUUUAUAUUCAAACGAAAGUGGACAACAUAUUUGUCAGUGUGCUAAUGAAAUAUCAACAUACUGGAUGGGCGGAAACAAUAAAUGCGAAAAUAGACCUGAAUACGGAGAAGAAUGCCUUCAUGAGUAUAGUGACAGUUGUCGGGAUAAUAUUUACCUGACAUGUGUCCUAUCUAACACAACAGGGAAAGCAACAUGCCAAUGUAUUAACGAAACGGCAACAUUCUGGGAAUCGGCAAAGUCUGAAUGCAAACCAAGACCAGGCUAUGGAUCACAAUGUCAAUCGGAGUUCCCCGAAAGCUGUAGUCCUCAGUCAGAACUGGAAUGUUUGACAUCCGAUGAUGAAGGAGUCCAUGUAUGCCAGUGUAAAAAUGAAACUUCUACAUUCUGGGAAUCUUCCAAAAUGGAAUGUAGCACAAGGACCUUAUACGGAAAUGAGUGUUUACCAGAAUAUUUGAAUAGCUGUGAGCAUAGUUCGGAAUUACAAUGUCUUUAUUCCAACCAGUCUCAAACAUUUGUUUGUCAAUGUAACGACGAACAAACCACAUUUUGGGAUCCAACUUCCUCCAAAUGUAGAUCGAGGAAGCAAUAUGGUGCAUCAUGUCAAAGAGAUUUCCCAGAGAGCUGCCAACCACAGUUCCAGCUAGAAUGUUUACCAUCAGAUGACUCUGAGAACUACACAUGCCAAUGCCGAAAUGAAACCAUGACCUACUGGAAUCCUUCUUCUGAACGCUGUAAUUCUAGACCUCAGUACGGAAAUCAAUGUCUUGGUGACCUAGAGGAUAGCUGUUUAUACAACAAUGAACUGAGCUGUCUCUAUUCAGAGUCUUCUACAGAAUAUAGAUGUCAGUGUCAUAACGAAACAUCUUCGUAUUGGAAUCCGGAGGAAAAUCGAUGCAACACAAGACCUGAGUAUGGCUCAACUUGUUUACCAGAAUUUCCAAAAAGUUGUCAGUUCCCAAAUGAACUCGAAUGUGUGACAUCAGAAAAUGGAAAUGCAAUAUGCCAGUGUCGGAAUGAAUCCAGUACAUUCUGGAACACAGAUUCAAACAUAUGUACACCGAGGCCUGAACAUGAUGGCAGCUGUGACAAGUCAUUUCAAGACAGCUGCCAACCUGCGAGCCAAUUGCAGUGCCUCCCAAAUGAAGACGGGUAUAAUUUCACUUGUCAAUGUAGAAACAUAUCUGCCGACUUCUGGGACGAUUUAAGCCAUACCUGUCAACCACGUCCAUUGUACAACGAGGAAUGUGAUCCGACAUAUCCCAACAGCUGCGAACACAACAAGCAACUUACGUGCAGUAAAGACACUGAAUCUGGGAAAUACAUAUGCCAAUGUGAUAAUGAAAAUGAAACAUUCUGGCACAAUCAAACCUCGACAUGUAACAGACGACCAGCAUAUGAUAGCCAAUGUUUACCUGAAUUCCCAGAAAGCUGCGCUCACAAUGAUCAAUUAGUGUGCUUAGAAAACAAUGAGGGAAACUUCACUUGUCAGUGUGUGAACGAAACAUCAACAUACUGGAAUCCAAACGAAGCUAUGUGCAUUGACAGGCCUUCCUAUGGACAGGAGUGUGAUACUAAUCUGACGGACAGCUGCUCACACAACUCCCAGCUGGUAUGUAUUGUCACUGAAAAUGGACUUGGUAGGUGUCAGUGUGAAAACGAGACUGGCGACUAUUGGGAUGACAGAAAACAGAUAUGUGACACACGUUAUGAAUACGACCAGAAAUGUACAGUAGGAGGAAUCAAUAGCUGUUCAUUUUCGUCGGAGCUUCAAUGUCUGUUAUCAGCCAAAGACACCGAAUAUACAUGUCAAUGUCGAAAUGAAAACUCGACAUUCUGGGAGUCUGCAGUGUCAAAAUGUAAUCCAAGACCAGUCUAUGGAGAAAACUGUUCGUCAUCGUACCCCGAUAGCUGUCAAUCGAACACGCAACUUAUUUGUUCCUUUUCGCAUGAAUCUGGAACUAGCAUUUGUCAAUGUGCCGACGAAAACACAACGUUUUGGGAAACUACUUUAAGUUCCUGUGAACAGAGGCCUGGCUACGGAAGCUCGUGUGAUGUAAAUUUCCCAGAAAGCUGUCGGUACAAUAGCGACCUAGUUUGUAUGGAUACAGGAUUAUCUGGAAAUGCUAUAUGCCAAUGUAAAGAUGAAAUAUCGACAUACUGGGACAGCAAAUCAUCGCAGUGUAAAACAAGACCAACAUAUGGAUCAUCAUGUGAUAAAGAUAUCCCUGGAAAUUGUGAACACAAUGAACAACUACGAUGCAUUUCAACUGGAACAACGACAAAACACACAUGUCAAUGUGCAGAUGAAGCUAAAACAUUCUGGGAUCCCGAUAGCUCUGUUUGCACAAAAAGGCCGGAGUAUGGCGAUACGUGUCAGGAAAACCUUCGAGACAGUUGUAUGUUUAAAUCUGAUGUGGUUUGUCUACCUUCAACUACGACCGGAGAAUUCAUUUGUCAGUGUGAAAAUGAAACUCUUACCUUUUGGAAUCCCGAUAAACAAUCAUGCAAUGGACGACCAGGAUAUGGUGAUACAUGUGCGUCUGGUCUAACAGAAAGCUGUUUAUAUAACUCCCAGCUGAAAUGUGUGUCGUCUCCCGGCAAAACAUUGUCUAGAUGCCAAUGUAGUGAUGAGAUCGACACCUACUGGGAUUUAAAAACUAGCACCUGUCAAACCCGUCCAGCGUAUGGAGAUGAGUGUGACGCUAAACAAAAGGACAGUUGCCGUCACAAUUCCCAGCUUAAUUGUCUCAAAUCGACAACAACUGGGCUCUAUCAGUGUCAAUGUUCCGAUGAAAAAUCAACGUUUUGGGACAAUACGACAGAGACGUGUCAAGAACGCCCGGCGUACGGUGCGACAUGUAACGCUGACAUUCCAGACAGCUGUGUUCAUAAGGCAGAGCUCGUAUGUGUCGUAUCAAGUACUGGUGAUUCGAGAUGUCAGUGUCAGAAUGAGACGACGACAUAUUGGCAAACGGAAAGAACGAAGUGCACUAAUCGUCCAGGCUAUGGUGACAUUUGCGAGUCCAAAUUUCCUGGCAGCUGUCAACACAACUCGGAUUUGCAAUGUUUGAAAUCAUUAACAGGCAAUGAUUUUAAAUGUCAAUGUAAAAAUGAGGAUUCUUUGUUCUGGGAUCACAACAAAUCUAAAUGUAAACCACGACCAAAAUAUGGCGAAAAGUGUCAGUCUGGAUUUAAAAACAGCUGUGUUCACAACACCGAGCUUGUGUGUUCUCCUGAAACACAAGGGAGUGACAGCACAUGUAGUUGUAAAAACGAAAACAGUACUUUCUGGGAUUCGAAAACAAUGGACUGCAAAAUCAGACCAGAAUUUGGGGAAUCAUGUCAGGCAGAAUUCAAAAAUAGUUGUAACCACAACGCGGAACUACAAUGUUUACCUAACAGUAAUGGGGCUGGUACCAUUUGUCGCUGUAGGGAUACUGAUAUUCAAUACUGGGAUCACAAAGAGUCGACGUGUAAAACAAGACCUACCUACGGAGCCGACUGUCAGUCUGGCUAUCCUGAUAGUUGUAUGUACAAUGAACAUCUGAAAUGCCGGGAGAUGGGUGGACCUAAUAAAUAUUCAUGCAGAUGCGUUGAUGAAAUUCUACUCUUCUGGGAUAACACCACCAAUUCCUGCCAAAUUCGGCCAACUACUACCACGCCUCCACCUGUUCCAAAAGGAUUAUUUUUCAAGGGUGAUGAAGGCGUGCUUGGUGAUAGAAGAGUAACAUCUAAAUGUUAUAUAGAAAAUUUCACCGACUGGGAAUCACUCGUGAUAUCAAGAAAUAACGUAGACAUGAUAACACUGUCGUCAUCUACUGGUAAACUACAGUCUAAUUUCGAUCGAUUUGUGAAAGCCAAACCAAUGAUGAGAGGGAACAAAGCGGGAAUCUUCUUCCGGUUCGGUAGACUACAGUGUAAAGAUGAAGGCACAUACUCAUGCGCGGUUGACGGACAAUAUACUCAAACAGCCCAAAUUGUAGCAAAAACACUCGCCAAAGGAGUUCCAAAACUUUCAUUAGAUGGUGAGAUCUUCGGAGAGAGGCGAACUGUAUUCACUUGUUCUGGUAAUCCGGGAUAUCCAAACGGAAAACUUGGGUGGAAGGUUAAAUUUAAGGAUGAGAAUACGUUUAAAGAUUUCGUAUUCCAUAGCAGCAGAAACGUUGUAACUGACACUGACUGCGUUCGACACGAAGUCGUUAAUACUACUUUUCUAUUCACCAUGAAAUGGAACGGUGCAAAACUACGGUGUCAAGCCAUUGGUUCGAGGCAAUAUGCAGAAGUCGACAUCUGGCUUAUUUCUGAAAAUAUCUGUGACCAUGCCGAACUGAACACAAGAAUAAAACACCCGUAUACCCGUAAGAAGUAUAUCUACUGCUUAGAAGAACGUAUUAUGAGUGAUAAUUGUCCUGAUGGACUGUACUUUGACGAGACAAGGAGAGAAUGUGUACUUGAGAACCAGUCAGCAGAUGCGGAGUUAUACUCUUGUGCUGGCAAGGCACCGGGCGUGGCUAUACCUGAUAAAGUGGAUUGUAAAAAGUACUAUUUGUGUAGCCAUGGAUUUAAACAUUUACGAGAAUGCCAACAUGGAUAUUUCUCAAUGAAUGGCCCACCCUAUUGUGUAAAUAGAUACGCGGAAUCAUUUUGUGGCACAAACAAAAAUAUUUAA